CUCGUUUACAGGUAUCUGGUACAGGCUGACCCAACUGUGCAAACCCGUUUCGCGUCGAUUUCACCGAAUUUGAUAAGAAAAAUUGCAAGUUGAAUUCGGGGUGCAAGGAUAAAUCUAGCAUGUAUAUUUUUAAAUUACAUGCACCCAUCCCCUUUUCAGAAAUUUGAGAAGGAAAUUUGAAAAAAUGUGAAAGUCAAUGCACACUGGGUAAAACAAAAAUUAGACCACAGGUUGCAUUUGCCAAUCUAAUUUCCCUGCCCCUACGAACAUUUUGAUGCAUCAAAAGUUUCAAAAUUUGAAAAUUGGCGGUUUUAUGUCAUACACAGAAAUCGUUAAAAAACGCAUUGUUCCCACACUUUUACUUCUGACAACCUGAUGCCAGAUUUUUCUACCUGAGAAGAGCUACAUUUUCACCUUUUAUUGUCCGAAGUAAAAGUGUGGGAACAAUGAGUUUUUUGGGGUCAAAGUUUCUAAAGGAGUGGCUUAUACGGCAAGUGCCGUAACAAACUUAUGGCUGCUUAUGAAAAAAAAUAUAUAGAUAAUUGCAAUUACUUAAGUUAUUAAAAUUGCCCCAAAUUAAAAACUAACGCUCCUUUGAAUUUAUACUGAUGAUAUCCAAUCAAGACCACCAUACGGCACUGUGAAGUCACAGUAUGCAGUGGUGGUGGAUACCCACCAGAAUCCGAGUUUCUCACUUUCUCUUCUUUGAAUAUGGAAACAGGGUUUGUUGCACAGUUGGUCUGAUUUCCCUCAUCUGUCAUUACGUACACUUUUUUUAAAAAUGAAGUCCUGCAUAUCAGUUGGAGUCGUUUUGAUUCUCUUGGUGGCUUCAUCGUCUUCAUUACCGCUGGAAAAUGCAGACACUUCCGGCCCAGACGUGAUCGAGGAUGAGGAGAGGUCACACAUCGCCAACUUAAUUUUUACUGCGCUCCUCCUCCCACGAAUUACCCCACCUCCAACGUUGCUUGAAAUGGUCAUGACCUCAAUAACGACGCCCAUACCUCAAAAAGAAGAAACGGGAUCGAGUGAAGAUAUGGGUCUAAAACUGGUCGAGACGAUGACGACACGUCCUCCGAAUCCGACCGGUUCGACGCCAUCAUUUAGCAAUGAUAACACCACGACCCCCACCCCUCUUAUGAGUACGGACAACCCCACCACCGGAGGACCGGCAGAUCCCGUGUACGUAACCUUACCCCCACUAACGCCAGGUUCGCUGGGUGGCAUCAUUCGGGAGGCGCUGGGUCUAGUGCAAAACACGAUUCGUGUCGUGGGGAUUAAUCUCUUGGGAAAUCAGGCACUUCUAGGAAAUUCUCCCCCCGGAUUGAUUCGUAUUAAUGAGACACACUUUAAACUGGUAGGAACAAGGGCGGAGGAGGGAGGAAAUGGGUCAGCAAUUGUGCGAGAAUAAUUUAGGAAAUUAAUAACUUCAUAUUACAAAUUUAUAACUUUUUGGCACGUAAUUCCAAGGAAGGGUUAAUUUUAUUUACGUCGUUUGAUAAUAUUUUUUAUAUUCAUUUACACACAGCUAGUAUUAGCUAUUCAAGUAUUUACAUAAUAUACACAUUUUAUGAUCUUAAACCUGUUAAUGGGCUGACAAAUUAUGCUCUAUUUUUAGCGCAUAAUUUGUCAACCUUUAUUAAAUAAAGGUUGAUGAAUAUGAUAAUACUGUUUUCAUAUUAAUUCAUUUUUUGCAGUAAUUAUGGAGAAAUAUGUAUAUUGCAGGAUAAAUUUAACAAAGCAUUGAUUAGAUUCUGGAGGAAUUAAAAUGUUAGAAUUCAAUAACAAGGGGGACACUUAAUAAAUAUGAAUUAUUGAAAA